AUGGAAUCAAUUUUAACAUUUACUAAAAACACUUGUUUUAAUGAAUUUGCGAACAAAUUUAUGAACGAAAGACAAAAGGCUGAAUUAGAAGGAAAUAAAGGAAAAAGUUUAUUUUGCAAGAUUUCACUUAAUGGAUCAUAUGGUUACGAUGCAAUGAAUACACAAAAUUACGCAAAGACUAAAAUAAUGAAUGCACAGAAGGCACGCGUUGCAUGUAUGUCAAAUAAGUUUAAAAACAUAAGAGAAAUAGGUGAGGAUACAUAUCAAGUGAUGCUUAAAGAUAGAUUUUAUAGAUGUGAUACAUGUUUACAAGAGGCAUUCUUCACUUUAGAUAACGCAAAAUACUGGUAUUUGGUUUUCAUUUAUGAUUUUAUGUAUAAAUGCAUGAAUGUUAAUCGUUUUCAUUUCAUUGAAGGUGAUACUGAUUCAUCUUAUUGGGCAAUCGCUGGCGACCCAAAUCUUCCUAACACUCAAGCAUUUCAAGCAAUUGUAACCGAUAAACAAUUUUAUGAUAAAAACAUUUUCAAAUUCGCACCUUUUGAUUUCUUCUGUUUUGAUGAGAAAUUUAAACCUAAAUUAAAGAAUAAAGCUGAAGAAAAAGCACAUGAGAAGAAGUUAUUGGGUUUAGCAAUUGAGAAACAAGGUGAUAACAUGGUUGCUUUAUGCCCCAAGUGUUAUACAUCAUUCAACGGUUCAAUUGAUGGAAGUGAUUUUAAAAAGAUUGCACAAAAAAUGAAAGGUGUUAGUUUACGACAAAAUAAACAAUUAACACCUAAAAAUUAUUUGGAUAUAAUAAAUGAUAAAGUGAUAUUUGAUGGUCAGAAUAUUAAUUUACAACUUAAAAACGGGUCAAUGACUCGCUUAACAAUCGGUAAGACUGCAUUAACAGGAGCACACACUAAGGCUGUAUGUUGUGAAAAUGGAUGUUGUAUGCCAUUUAUUUAA